UCAAACGUCACAUCCUGCUCCAACAACAAAAGCCUCGAUUCACUCUUCACAAAAAUCCUGGUUUUCUCCUCACACGCUUCGAAGCCUCGGCACAGAAAGAACGUCGCUAGUUUUAGAGUGGAAAGAAAUCAACGUCAAGAUGGAGGAAGAGAUGGAGGAAGAGAUGGAGGAUCAGCGCAGACUGAUGGAUUUCAGCCAGAUACCGAGGAUCAUCUUACACCGGACAGCAAAAGCCUCGAUUCACUCUUCACAAAAAUCCUGGUUUUCUCCUGACACGCUUCGAAGCCUCGGCACAGAAAGAACGUCGCUAGUUUUAGAGUGGAAAGAAAUCAACGUCAAGAUGGAGGAAGAGAUGGAGGAAGAGAUGGAGGAAGAGAAGGAGGAUCAGCGCAGACUGAUGGAUUUCAGCCGGAUACCGAGGAUCAUCUUACACCGGAUAGGGUGGAAAGAAAUCAACGUCAAGAUGGAGGAAGAGAUGGAGGAAGAGAUGGAGGAAGAGAUGGAGGAUCAGCGCAGACUGAUGGAUUUCAGCCAGAUACCGAGGAUCAUCUUACACCGGACAGCAAAAGCCUCGAUUCACUCUUCACAAAAAUCCUGGUUUUCUCCUCACACGCUUCGAAACCUCAGCACAGAAAGAACGUCGCUAGUUUUAGAGUGGAAAGAAAUCAACGUCAAGAUGGAGGAAGAGAUGGAGGAAGAGAUGGAGGAAGAGAAGGAGGAAGAGAUGGAGGAAGAGAUGGAGGAAGAGAUGGAGGAUCAGCGCAGACUGAUGGAUUUCAGCCGGAUACCGAGGAUCAUCUUACACCGGACAGAGUGGAAAGAAAUCAACGUCAAGAUGGAGGAAGAGAUGGAGGAAGAGAUGGAGGAUCAGCGCAGACUGAUGGAUUUCAGCCAGAUACCGAGGAUCAUCUUACACCGGACAGCAAAAGCCUCGAUUCACUCUUCACAAAAAUCCUGGUUUUCUCCUGACACGCUUCGAAACCUCAGCACAGAAAGAACGUCGCUAGUUUUAGAGUGGAAAGAAAUCAACGUCAAGAUGGAGGAAGAGAUGGAGGAAGAGAUGGAGGAAGAGAAGGAGGAUCAGCGCAGACUGAUGGAUUUCAGCCGGAUACCGAGGAUCAUCUUACACCGGACAGAUCUUCGACAUUGUUCUGUGUGUGAAGACGACGGGAUUUUCAAUGAACUCAGCAACCAGGAGGGGAUCUUCACUUUAAAACAAGAGGAACCAGAACCUCUGCAGAUAAAACAGGAACCAGAACCUCUGGAGAUAAAACAGGAGCAAGAAGAACCACAACAUCAAGAGUACAAAGAGGAAGAGAAGCAACUCUGCAUCAGUCAGGAUGAAGAGCAUCUUGUGCUGAAACAGGAGACUGAUGACAUUUUGGUGAUUCCUUAUAAUGUGCAAAUAAUCCACAAUGAAACAGAACCACAGAGGAACCAACUCAUCUCUCAUGACUCUGCUGAGGAUGAGAACCAAGAUGGGGAUGGAAGCAAUUCUGACGAUCUAGGGAAAAAGAGAAACAAAGAACAGAAACAAAAGGAGAAAUAUGAGAAAACCAAACUGCAGAAAGGUCAAACUGAAAGUUCAAAACAAAAAACAUACAAGAAAGCUCACACACAACAAAAACUAUAUUCUUGUAAAAUCUGUGAUGAAGCCUUUUCUCAAAGCAGUUUGUUGAUGACACACAUGACAACUCACACUGACAAGAACCCUUUCACAUGUUCAACCUGUGGAAAAAGUUUCACACGCAGGUCAAACUUACUUCGUCACAUGAUUAUCCACACAAGUAAGAACCCUUUCUCAUGUGUGACCUGCGGAAUAAGUUUCCAAUGUAAAAGCAGUUUAACUAGUCACAUGAAAAUUCAUAGAAGUGAGAAACCUUUCUCGUGUGGGACUUGUGGGAAAAGUUUCUUUCAAAAAAGAAAUUUAACUAGUCACAAAAGGGUUCAUACACAUGAGAAGCCUUUCACAUGUUGGAGUUGUGGGAAAAGUUUUUGUCAUAAAAGCAGUUUAAUUAUUCACAUGAGGAUUCAUAUAAAUGAGAAGCCUUUCUCAUGUGGGACUUGUGGAAAAGUUUUUCGUCAGAAACGCAGUUUAAUUAGUCACUUGAGCACUCACACAGGUAAAAAGGAUUUCUCAUGUAGGACUUGUGGAAAAAGUUUUUGUCAAAAAAGCAAUUUAACUAGACACAUGAUGAUUCAUACAGGUGAGAAGCCUUUCUCAUGUAGGACUUGUGAAAAAAGUUUCUGUCAAAAAAGCAGUUUAAUUAGUCACAUAAGGACUCAUACAGAUGAGAAACCAUUCUCAUGUGGGACUUGUGGAAAAAGUUUUCGUCAUAAAAGCAGUUUAAUUUGUCACAUGUGGUCUCACACAGAUGAGAAGCCUUUCUCAUGUGGGACCUGUGGAAAAAGUUUUCGUCAUAAAAGCAGUUUAAUUUGUCACAUGUGGUCUCACACAGAUGAGAAGCCUUUCUCAUGUGGGACCUGUGGAAAAGGUUUUUGUCAAAAAAGCAGUUUAGUUCAUCACAUGUGGUCUCAUACAGAUGAGAAGAGCUUUUCAUGUGGGAGUUGUGGAAAAAAUUUCCGUCACCAAAGCAGUUUAACUAUUCACAUGAGGGUUCAUACUGGUGAGAAACCUUUCUCAUGUAGAACUUGUGGAAAAAAUUUCCGUCAAAAAAGAUAUUUAACUCGACACAUCAGGAUUCAUACAGGUGAGAAGCCUUUCUCAUGUAGGACUUGUGAAAGAAGUUUCUGUCAAAAAAACAGUUUAACUAUUCACAUGACGGUUCAUACAGGUGAGAAGCCUUUCUCAUGUAGAACUUGUGGAAAAGGUUUCAGUCAUAAAAGCAAUUUAACUAGGCACACGAAUAUUCACACAGAUGAGAAACCUUUCUCAUGUAGAACUUGUGGAAAAAGUUUCCGUCAUAAAAUCAGUUUAACUAGUCACAUGAGGGCUCAUACAGGUGAGAAGCCUUUCUCAUGUAGGACUUGUGAAAAAAGUUUCUGUCAAAAAAGCAGUUUAACUAGUCACAUGACGGUUCAUACAGGUGAGAAGCCUUUCUCAUGUAGAACUUGUGGUAAAAGUUUCCGUCAAAAAGGCAAUUUAACUAAGCACUUGAGCACUCACGCAGUAGUGAAGCCUUUCUCAUGUAGGACUUGUGGAAAAAGUUUCUGUCAAAACAGCAGUUUAACUAGUCACAUGAGGACUCAUACAAGUGAGAAAUCUUUCUCAUGUAGAACUUGUGGAAAAAGUUUCUGUCAAAAAAGCAGUUUAACUAAUCACAUGAGCACUCACGCAGUUGUGAAGCCUUUCUCAUGUAGAACUUGUGGAAAACGUUUCAGUCAAAAAGGCAAUUUAACUAGUCACAUGAGGACUCAUACAGGUGAAAAGCUUUACUUGUGUGGGAUAUGUGGAAAAGGUUUCUGUCGAAAAGACAAUUUAUUUGUUCACAUGACAACUCAUACAUGUGGUGUUUCUUAUGUCCAACCUGUGGAAAUGGCUUCCUUCCAAAUUGCCAGUUAACUUUUAACAUGGGGACUCGUGCAGAUGGAACUGCAUAAUCGGAACCUCACGUACCAAGAUUUUCAGUAACUCAUUGUUUUGAAGCAGAGUAAUUACAGCUGGAUCACAUUUUUAUAGCGUAGCAGCGUAAAGAAGAAAGCAUCUCAAAAAGGACGUUUAUCUAAAAUGUGCAACUUUCACUUUAUUCUUUCAGUUUUAUCUUUUUUAUGUAAAAGGGUUUUUAAGUGACAUAUUAAGUCUUACAAAGUUUUUAAUGUUUUUGUCUAGUGAGAUAUUAUUGGUUUGUUUCUUAAAAGGAUCCACGAUCAAUUGAACAUGGCCUAAAUAUAUAAUAAAUUUCCUUUUAACUAAAAAAUUCCUGUUUGCUGUACGCCAAAACUCAUAAUUACUUCAAAAAUGUUCAUCUUUUGUUAUAUUUUUCAUGGAAUUUGCCAUUUUUUCGUUUGAUGGGUUUAAAAAGACGUUGCUCAUCGCUGUUUUGGCUGGACAUAGCUGGGCAGUUGGACCACUGUACAUCAUUUACCCAGAAUGCAUUGCAGCAUGAACAACAUGGUGACUUUGGCGUGACAAUAUUUUUAUUAAAAUGUAUAAAACCUAAACAGUCUACAGCAGGGGUUUUCAAAGUAUGAAAGGGUGAGCCCCCCUCCAAGGAGCACAAUGCCUGCUGCGCGCCCCCCUCCCCCAAUAAUCAACCCACAGACAAACAAAUGCCACUACAAAACACCUUCUAAUUGCUUUUAUUUUAGAACCAUCUCAUCUUUUAAAAUGACACUUUAUCUGAAUGAAAUUUAACACAUGAACAUUUUAAAACAUUUCCUCCCAUUUUAAUUAUUUUAUCAGGGCCUUUGUAUGGCAAAUACGCCCUUUUUUCAUUUUUCCAAUGAUAAGAACAACCCCAAACUCAUGUUUCAACCGUUUUCUCAAACAAACGUUACAUCUGAGAUUCUGAGUUUAAUGUUUGAGAUACCAACAGUGUACAGAUGUGUUCUUUGGAACACAUCUGUAAAUGUUGCACAUUUCCUUGAAAUUAAAAAAUAAAUCAAAAACCUAAACAGUUGCAAAAUCGUGGAGCUCUUUUUGUGGCUCAUCUAAACAAUUUAUCUCGAGCUAAAAGAGCGUGCAGUAUGAAAGAGCGGAGGCAUACAAAAGAAAAAACAAUUACGCACGCUAUGCGCACCCUUUCUUUUUCUAUCACGGUCCUGAAUCAUGUGUAACUCAUUUUAUUUAUGAUUUUAACUAAAUUGGCGACAUGGCAACACAUUGGCAACAUUACUGUUCAGCUCACCUUAGUUUUAGUGGGAACAAUGUGCUUGUGCUUUUGAUGCGCGAAUCCGGUUAAGCUUCUUUUCCGGUUUAUUUUUUCCCUUGCACCGCGCCUCCCCUAAAGUGCUCUGGCGCCCCCUAGGGGAGGCGCGCCUCACACUUUGAAAACCGCCGGUCUACAGUAUUAUUACUGUAUUGUUUUUACACCUAAAAUAAAUAUUUCUCAAAGUCUAUUGUUGCUGUUUCUAUAUUCACUGUUAGGUUGCAAUUUAAUUGUGUCAGAAAGGAUGUUUUUUUUUUUUUUUUAUCUAUAUAUGUGUAGCAUGUAAUGUAAUUAUGUAGCAGAAUUAAUUUUAUCUAUUUAUUUUAUUUUUCUUUAUGAACCUUCUCAAAACUAAUUUUCUUUGAAUUGACAUGUCUGUAAUAUAUUAUUUCUGUUUUAUCUUGCUUUCAUUUUUGGCCCCUAGUGUAUAAAAGGCCAUCCUCAUCUAUGAAUAUUGGUUUUCCUUUGUUUUUAAUUGUAUUUUGUUUUGGUGGGGAAGCUUUUAUUUUCUUACUUCCUGUUUGUGCGCUACAUCCUGUGUGUUCCCGCUGCCCUCCUCAAUUCGCGCCAAGCUGCGCUGGGGAGAGGGUGUUUGGAGAAGCCGGAGCCCAGGAGCUGCUGUGAUUAAAAUGUUCUUGUUUUGAACAGGAAUAAAAUUAUCCUGAAACCUGGUUCCGAGGUGGUCCUGACUCCCUGUUCCACAACCGUUACAUAUGCUUUAGUUUUUCAGUAUUUACUCUUCAGGUUCUGAUUUUGGAAAUACUGUUGAUUAUAUGAUGACAACAAAGCAGGCAGAAGGUUUGAUAAGUUAUGAUGAAACCUGAGAUGUUUUUCCUUUUUUUAUGAAAGAUCUGCAUGAACUUUAUUCUUGUUAUAUGUGCUCAUAUAAUGACAACAAAUAAUGACAAAUAAAUGUAUUUU